GCCAAAUAUUGAAAAAUAUAUGCAUUUCUUAAAGUUUAUCAGUAAAAAAAAAAAAAAAGAGAACAAAGAAACGAAUUACACCGAAUAAACUCGUGUAAAGUUUCCUGGUUCUGACAUUAAAACCUAUCAAGGAGAACACAGUUUGUCAAAAAGCUUCUCUUUUUUUUCCUUAAACUUAUUGUAAACACCUAUACUCCUUCCUUCGUUAGUUCCCUUUACGCUCUUUUCAAUAAUAUACUUUCCUUUUCACUUUCCUUAUAUUUAACAAAUGUGUUGUAGUGGCAAUGGUCCCAAAUGGAAAAGAGAAGUGGUGAAAGAUCACAAGUUUGAUUAUAUUGACAUUGACGAAUUCUAUGACCCUUCAUGCUGUGGAUAUUUAAGCUAUAUAAGCAUGUUUAUCAUCAUUUUGAAAGGUUUUCUAGUCUAUGUUGCUGACUUGUGGACUGCAGUCUCUUUAAUUGUUAUCGGUAAUACUAGCGUGAACGAUGGAGCAGCCAUUCCACCUGAGGUAUCCAGAUGGAUUUUCUUGGGUGCAAUUACGAUAUCCUUUAUUCUACUCUUCUGGGACAUCAGAAAGGCACGAGUGAUCAUCGAGUCCAGAGACAUAUCUUACGCAUUCACUUCAGUCAUUGCCAAUCGAUGGUACUCGGCCAAAGAUUAUCGCUACUUCUGUCUGUUUCAAAAAAUCAACAAUUCUCGAAAACGAAUAGACUCGAUCGCCUUUUUUGUCUUUUUCACACUCAAAGGUUGGAAGCGACUAUUGUUGGCUGAGGCACCUAGACAAGUGAUUAACAUUGUAUCGCUGUAUACAAUGAUUCCCAACUGGAUUCAGAUUAGACAUGGUUUGAAGAUCGAAAAGGAUGCUUUAGGAACGACAAUCAUGCAAAAAAUGAUGACGGGUACUAUGGCUUUCUCGGUGAUCGUAUUUGCCAUAUCGUUUGUACUAGUAUGUAUAGCUGCGAUCAUCUAUAUUCCCUUGCUCUGUCAUAUUCAGGGUAAUCUGAAAGAAUACUGUUGUCAUAAAGUAGAUAAAAGAAUUGCAGAGUUACUUAAAAAGCAAGCACGUAAAAGGGUAGAGAAAAAUAUGAAGCAUGGGCAAAAAGAUAACCAUCAGCAGCAUAAUCGUAAAAAGAAAGAGGACAUUGAGAUGCAAUCAUUAGCUCAACCUACGCUACCUCAAGUAAAUAUGGAUAACUUGAAUAGUGGAUACCCACAUGCAGCUUAUUAUUAUCCUUCGCCUCAACAGCCUCAUGUACGACCGGUCUAUCACCAUCAAGCAUCGAAUGAUCACAACCUGAUGAUGCAACCGCCCUAUGUCCGAAGAAACAGCCUGUCUUCUGUCAAUAGUGACCAAGCUGGACUUAUAUCGCAUGCUCAGGGACAGCCUACAUCGUCACCGUUUUAUCAGGGUCAUAACGGCAGCAAUAUGUCUAUUCACCAGCAUUAUCAUCAACCUCAACCUCAUUAUCAUUCCCAACAACAACAACCUUAUAUCUAUUCUCAAAAUCGUUAUUAAGUACACCUUCUUAAUUGUAUCAAUAAAUACAUUUAACCUAAACUAAACGAAUACCCGAACUUUCUUUUUUUUGAGUUUGCCUCAAACAGCAUCGGAUCUUGCAAGUUUGUUUAUAUUACGAUAGCAGGUGCAGCAAAAAAGUGCUCUCAUUAAGAGAAAGAGAGAAAGAGAAAUGGCUGAGUCAAAGUUAUUUUUUUUUCUGGAAAGGUUCUAGAGUGAUGGGUAACCUUAAUCUCUUAAGCUAUACUUUACUCUUU